CGUACCAGCUGGAACAUUUGGAUCUGAGUCAUAACAUUAUCAACACCGUCAUGCCAUCCGCCUUCAGUAUACUAUGGCGCCUACAGUUCCUAGAUCUCAGCCAUAACGAGAUCAGCACCGUUAUGCCAUCCGCCUUCCGUGGACUAUCGUGGCUACAGUUCCUGGAUCUGAGUCAUAACGAGAUCAGCACCGUUAUGCCAUCCGCCUUCCGUGGACUAUCGGGGCUACAGUUCCUGGAUCUCAGAAACAACAAGAUAAAGAAUAUAACUAAGUCAACAUUUGAAGGUUUAAGUAACCUUACACAUCUAAACCUGGAAGCCAACAGGAUAGCAGUGAUUGGGGACGCCUUUCAGCGUCUGUACGGGUUAAGACACCUGAAUCUGAGGAGCAACAGUUUAGCUGUUUUAAAUCAAACAACACUGGGUCCUGUUGUCUAUCGGUUAGAGUCUAUCCACAUUGCAGACAACCCGUUCCUGUGUGACUGUAAGUCAAUGUGGUUUGUCGAGUGGGCCCUGGAUAAAUACGACAGGGUAGCGAACUUCCACAACCCCUAUCCUGACUUAGGUCAAGGGUACACAUGUUACCGUCCAGCUGGAUUGCGUGGAAGACGUUUGAAAGACGGGUUGACGCAGAAACAACAAUCUAAGGACAGACAGGAUCCAUCGGAACGAAAGUUUUUCGACAUAGUCUGUAGUCAUGGAUUCCGGCCCAACCGCCUCCUGGCUUGUGUACUCGCCUCUUCUGGCAUCUUCGUCGCCAUGACGACCAUUUUCCUGGUCGACUACCACGUCGGCCGUGUUCAGUACUACCUGUGGAUGUUGGACAAGUGGAGGAGACCGAAGAUUGGCGAAGUCAAGAACCAAGAUCCGCCCAGAUACACGCACGAUGCUUUUCUUGCCUACAACAACCGGGACGUCCGGUGGGUUAUACAUGAAGCGAUAGAGAAUCUGGAACCUGACUACAGUCUGGUAAUACACGAAAGGGACUUUGCAGUGGGCGCUCCCAUUGUGGAAAACAUCGCGGAUGCCGUGGAAAACAGCCGGAGAACCGUCUGCCUCAUCACCAGGAACUUCCUGAAGAGUAAGUGGUGCGAGUACGAGUUCCAGCUGGCCCAGUACCACAUGUUUGAGGAGGGGGGAGGGGUGCGUCUCAUCCUGGUGUUUCUGGAGAGGAUUCCUAACGAAAUGCUGAAACAGUUCCGCCAUCUGAACGCCGUAGUAAAGAGAGACACGUACCUGGAGUGGCCACACGACGUGCGGAAAAGGCCGCUGUUCUGGAGGCGGCUGCGAGACGCUCUAGGCGAUCCUCUACCCCGGGACCCAGAGCCUCAGCAGCAGGUACAGGGUCCGGAACAGAACGCUCCGGAACGGAACAUUCCGGAAGAGCCGGUACGGAACAUUCAGGAACAGCAAGAACAGGCUCCAGUAAGGAACAUUGUGGAAGUGCAGGUCCAUGCCCCCAUGCGGAACAUUCCGGAACUGCAAGAUGACAUUCUAUUACCAGAUCCAGACGAACAGUGGUUCGGAGAUGGGGAUGACGUGCCCCUUCUACCGCUGUAG